AUGGGCGUCUUUGACAGCCUCGACGCAGGCGUCACCAACCUGUUCGGCCAGUGGAACGUCUAUUCGACUGGUCUAGUGACCCUCCUGCUGGCUGUGGUCUCCUAUCGAGUUAUCUCGACCCGCGAUCCCGAUGUGCAUCCCAUGCUCCUAGCUCGCCAAGCCGUCCCGUCUUCAGUCCGAAAUGAAGGAGAGAGUCCUAUUUACCGAUCCCAGGCUGCUCCUCAUGGCAUGCCGCUCAAUACUGGUCUUAAUGUGAAGGAUACUGGAGCUUCUAAGUGGUCUCGCGGUCGUGAUGGCGACUUGAGAGAUAUCUGGAAGAGGGCGGCUGAGGGCGGCGAGAACGGGGCCAAGGGAAGGAUUCUGACUGUCCUCGGUUCCCAGAACGUUGUGGAUCACAAGCUCGAUGAUAUCACUCGUCAGAUUAAUCUUAUUGGUCAGCACAUUGCCGAGACUGGUGGUAUUAGGGUUGCCGUUUACCUGCCGAACUCAGUCGAACUCUUGGUAACGCUUUUCGCCUGCAGCUUCUAUCAAAACCUCACAACGGUCUUGAUCCCUUUUGAUGUGUCCAAUGAUGAGCUUGUUUCUAUGUUACGCCGCUCUGCCGCUGAUACCUUGAUUACCGCUCCUGGCGCAUUCCCUUUCGAUGCUGUAAUCCAGGCCUACCCAUCUCUUCGACAGCUCAUUUGGGUCACAGACGAAGGAAGUAGCCACAUGGACUGGAAUGAGAUCCCUGAAGGUACUGGCGGCAACAUCAACGUCGCUACUUGGCAGGAUAUUCUUCGCGAUUCCCCAGCCCAUGCCGGCACCGAGCUCCCGACUAUUGACCCCUCUAAGACUCCAUCCGAUGUCGUCACCUUUUGGCAGACUGAACCUGGCGAGGUUGAGGAAAUGGUGCGCUUCAGUCAAGCCAACCUUGUCUCUGCUAUUUCUGCUCAACUCGCGGCUAUCCCAACCAAGGAGCGCAUCAACCCAUCGGAUCUUUUCUUACCCGCUGAUUCUCUUGCCAACGUCUAUACACUCGUUCUUACACUUGGUGCUCUGUAUUCGAAUGCUUCCAUUGCGCUGAACUCGGUCGCCGGCAAGUCACCAGACCUGGUUCUAGCAACUCAGGGGGUUGCUCCCACUGUUUUGGUUGCUAGUCCUGAGACACUUCUCAAGACUCAUGAGGAGUCCACGUCUAGGCUGACAUCUUCUUUGGCCAACGCCUCUCAUGUCAUGGCAACUCGUUCUCUGGCCCUGGAGGGAGUUCAUGCCACCUCCAAUUUGCUUUCUGGAUUCUCUUCCGGCGCAGCCCCGGCCCUGGGCACAACGCCUGGCAAGCUUCGUCUGGUGUUGGUUGCAGAGCGUGCAGGUUCUGAUACCCCUCUCCUCCCGGCCAACGUUUUGUCGGAUCUACGUAUCUUUACUGGGGCGAGGGUGGUGUACGCUUUAACCGCAGCCAAGGUGGCUGGAGCUAUUUGCCAGACCGUUCUCUACGACUAUCGACUCCCGGCUGAUGCCAAGACACACUUCGGUCCUCCAUUGACCAGUGUCGAGCUAUAUCUCAAGGAUGCCGGCGCUCACAAGACUACUGAUGAGAAAAUCGAAGGCCAUAUUGUCGUGAGAGGACCUUCCGUGGCUGGAGGAGAAGUCAAUGUUGGGAUUCCCGGAAAAAUUCGACAUGACAAUACCCUUGCUUAUGCCUGA